AUGGCAUACAGACCUCGAUAUCGUUUCCGGCCGCUCGAUCCAGCCAACGCGCCUCCAUACAUGUUUUUUGACAGCAAAAGAGACGAUUCAGUUGAUCACGAUCCAUAUCAAAAAGAGAAAAUUCGAAAUGACAUACGUGUUCUGAAACGCAGAACACUGUCAUACUUGACUGAUACGGAGGCUCAGGAGAUAAACGAGGCUCGAUUCAGGCAAGCCCAGCGAGCUGCAUUCAGAAUUCUACCGUGGGAAAGGGAGAUAGAAAAUUCAUUUGCAGGUCUACAGCUAGUUCCAUUACCUCCAGCUUUACCAGCAUACAGUAUUGAGCUGCGUGGUAUUCGGGGGCACUUGUACAAGCCUUCUUCCCUGCAGCCGUUCAUCGUCUAUUGCGAGACCGGAGAGCUUGAGAUGGCUAGGCACUUCAUCGAACAAGAGGGACCAGAAGCUUCCGCGCUUGAUGAUGGACUUGGCUUUGCUGCUCGAAACAAACACCUCCACAUAAUGCAGUAUCUACUUCAGAACGGGGCGGGGUUGCAUAGCUACGUGGUACAAAUGGCCAUCUUCCAUCGUUCCAUCGAGCUUUUCCAAUUAUGCGUUAUGCAUGGCUACCACCCAAAUCAACACAUCUGGAACAUCAAUGGCAGCCAAGGUGUAGCGCUGCUUUCUUGUUACGACAACCCACAGAUUACCCAGUUCCUCCUCAAUCAUGGCGCGGACCCAAAUAUUGGCAGGUUCGACCCAAGAGUGGAGGCCGCCUGGACUCAGAGUGACGUGACUCUUUUACUUGGCAAAAUGCCACCCCUUGAUCGGACAUCCGGCGAUGCUCUCACCAAGGCUAUUGCCGUGGGCAACCUGACGGUGAUUGGUAUGCUACUUGAUCAUGGUGCCAGGUUGGAAUUUGCCUCACCGCUUCAUACAGCAUUACGGAAGCUAAAGAAAUGGGAAGAGACAAAGCAAGUUCUGGAACUACUGCUGCUUCGGGGAGCCAAUAUUGAGCAAUGCGAGGAGGAGCUGGUGGACGCGGUUGUAUAUGCGACAAAACCGUUGGCACUUGCUAUCAAAUUAGAGCGGUGGGAAGCAGCUGAGUACCUCCUCAAGAAAGGCGCGCAACCAUAG